AUGUAUCCGUACGAGCAACAAAAGGUGCAGAUUUAUGAUAUUAAUACACUUUUUGAAGAGCCUAUCUCCAAAGAAAUACUCAUAUAAUACCAUGAAAAGUAUUGCAACAUUACAGCAAAAGAUUUAGAUAAGUGGAGAACAAUAGGCAGAACUAUUUACUAAAUUACCAAUCAUACUGAGCGAUAAACUCGUGUAUAGAUGAGAAAUAUAAUAGAAUUCUAUACACUUUUGAAUGAAAAUCACCUUCUCUACGAAGAUGGUAAGAACAGAUGGCGUGAAGUUUACUUAGCUGAUGACAAAGUAUUCGAUUUCUUUAUGAAUUCAUUCUUCUAUGAUUGCGCAAAGUAUUUGAUUGAUGAGAAAAUAUUUCAUUAUGAAGAAACGACUGAACUCUCUAAUAAAAUCCUCCUACAAUCUGUUUACCUAUUUAUUACUACAUUUGAUAAAACAACUGUCUCAGUUAUAGAAAUGCUUGCAUACAUUUUCGAUCAUAAAAAGUAGUAUUUCUAAAUUAACAACAAAAUAAGCUCUACAUUUCAUAUUCAGUAACUUUUUGGUUUGAGGGAAGACAUUCGUGAAUGGCUAUAAAACCUCUAAGUAGGAUAAAUAGUAGAUGCAAUUAAAAUUGAUAAAUAAUAUGUUAAGCACUGCUGGAGCAGAGCAGAAAUCGUUAAUAUUUAAGAUGACCAUAUCUUUAUUAGAUUUUUGAAUUCCUCUAAGCAGUUUAAUAGGUCCGUUUUCAGAGAAAACUUUGACAUUCGCGAAAAGGGUUCAAAAUGCCCAGACGAAGAAAUGGAAUGGAGACUUUAACUUAAAGAAGGAGAUCUGGUAGAUUGCUGUGAUACUUCUCAUGUAUUUUACAACAGUACUGUACUUUAAGUAAAAGAAAUUGAAGAUGAAUAAGGUUAUACGAUAAAAUAGGUUUAUGUUGGUUAUAGAGUUUAUGAUCCAAAUGGUUAAAGAAAAGAUGAUAAAGGUAAAUUUAAUGGGUGGUCAUAGUAGUACGAUGAGUGGUUUGAUGCUACACACCCUCGCAUUUAAAAAUAUUAAUCAUAGGCAAAAAAAUUAUACACUAAAGCAUCUACUACCAAUUAAGAUGAGCAUAUAGAUGAUUUCAAUGAUUUAGUUUAGGUCUUAGAAGUAGAAAAUGAAGUAGUUUAUGCUUCACCUAAAAAAAAUUAGGCUGUUAAUUUAUUUUAGCUUGCAGCGAUUAACAAAUUUGGUAAAAAGGGUGGUUUUGAAUUGAUUUUAAAUAAGAUUGAGGGAUAAGGUGAAGAAUGGUGCUCUAUCGACCAUUUAGCAAGCUUAAUGCACAUGUUUGCAAAUGUUCAAAUGUGUUUAAAUAGAAAUUUUGUUUACCCAUAUGCUAAAAGAAUCAUUCCUGCAGUCCAAAAAAGCAUAUUAGAUAGCCCACCAAGCAACUUGCGUAACUUCACAAAGGAAAAAAUAGAUAGUGUCAAUAUGGGUUUAGGAAGUUUUAUGAAAAGGAUUUACUCAAUAGGACAAAAAAUUGAAAUGCUUGAAAAGUUUAACUUAUAGACUGCACUUCAAUCAUUCAAUUCUGAAUUUAUAACAACCUAACUAUAAGGUCUUAAAACUAUUAUGGAACUUCUAUCUUAACUAAGGAGUGAUAGAACAGCUGAGUCACUUUAGUCUUCGGAACUAAAAGAUUGGAUUGAAGAAAAUUAAAUAUUUUAAAAGCUAUUUAAUAGUUAAAAAUAUCAACUCAUUUAAAAGGCAGGUGAUUUCUUUAAAUUCAUGCUUAAUGAAGGCAUGAUAAAAGAUUAACACCUUGAAAUUCUUUGGAACUAAACACGCAGAAAUGACACAGAACUUAAAUUAGCUAUUUAUAAAAUUUUAUCUGAUAAUUUUUACAUUCAAUCAUUCGACAAAAAUAUUAUUGAUUUCUUUUUGAAAAAAAUUAUUGAUACUGAACCAGAUUAAAUAGGUAUCGAAGAUAUUGAUUUAGUUCAUAGUUUUACAAGAUUUCGUAGUAAUAAAACAAGCGAUUUUUAGGAUAGUGUAAGGCUUUUUUAUUGGAAGUUGAUAGAAAAUAGUUAUGAACUUCCUUUAGAUUUAGUUGAAGAAACCAUCAAAUCUUUUUGUGAAAGCUUCAACAUAGAUAAUAAUAAAAUUACAAUUUAGACUGUCCUCGAAAAGUGUAUAGAUCACAUAAACAAAGGAACUCACAGCACACUUUAUGUUUUAAAAGUCAUUUAAAAGAUUGUUGAUUAACUUUAUACUACUCAAGGCUAUAUGGAUGCAAUAAUAAAAAAAGAAGCUGUUAAUUUCUUGUUCACAGAUAAAAAUAUUGUCCAUGUAUUAGUAAAUAACAUCCGUCAAAUGAAAAAAGACUUGUUGGUAAAGAUUUAAGAAAAUUUAGGAGCUGAUUCUGUAAAAUAACUCACAGAAUAAAUUUUAGACUCAUUUAUUCCUAGAAAUACUUACAUUGAACACAUACAAUCAAGAAUUGAUUUUCUAAAUUUUAUUUAUAUGAAUCUUCCAAAUGAUAUUGAGUUAACCUUAGAAGUUAUUUCUGAAGUUUGGGAUGCAGUUAUUGUUGAAGGUUUAAUUCCUAGAGAAAAAGAUAUUAUUUAUAAAUGGUUCUCUGAGCUUAACACAAACAACAUGAACAACAUGAAUCAAAGUUCUUAGUAAAUAAAGAAAGAAGACUUAGACAUUUUCUUCCAUACAAAACUUUGCAACGAGGAAGAUUUAAGACUUAUGACCCCCGAAGGACUUAAUUGCUUUAAAAGUAUUUUCUGUAUCCUUAACGAAAAAGAUGGAAAAAUGAAAAAAUUCCCUAUCGUUAAAAUGUAUAAUAACAAUAAUAUUUUGUACAAUAAUCAUCAUUACAAUUCCUAGUCAUAUUAUUAAUAAAACGAUGCCAGAACUAAUCCCGACUUUGAAUACUAAAUGCUAGAUCUCCCUACAAACUUAAAGGGAAUAUAAUCUUUAUGGACUUUGAUCACUCUCAAUUAAAACUAAGAAGUUAUUGCAAAAGCACUUGAGUUUUUAAAUAAUCUUCACACAAAUUUCGACUAAAAUGUAUCUGAAAGCGAAGAAAACAUUAAAAGAAGAUAUUACCAAUAGGCUUAUGAGUAUUUGUAAAAGUAAACAUAAGAAGGGGAUUCUGAAAAAAUUAAGAGAUGUAUUAUGAUUAUGGAGAGUAUUCUUGAUGAAAGUGAAAAAAAAGGAAAUGGAGGACUCAAAUCACUUAUGUCUUUAUCUAAAGGAGAGCUAAUUACUCUUUGCUUCUAAACAACCUACUAUAACAGCGAUAUCCCUAACAAUUUUUCAUUUAAGAUGUACACAAACGAUUCAGUUAUGGAUCUCCUAUACAAAGUAGGUUUAUACAUUAAGUGUACUUAUGAAGAGGUCGCUUUAGCAGUUGCAGAGCCAAGAAGAGAAAUAGAAGCAAAGGAAAAUGGAAAAUCUAUAGCAGAAUUAAGAUUAAAAAAUGGAGAAAAACUACUAGUUUCACAAAGAAAAGGAAGCCCUGUGAAAGAAGAGGAGUUAUUGAUAAAUGGUGAAAUUAAUCCUAAAGCUAUUAGAAUAUUUAAAAAGUGGUUCUAGCAAUUCCAAGUUGAUGGAAGAAUGAAACCUUUACAAGUAGCUUAAUUCAUAAACUCAUGUACCAAUGAUAACUGCUAAGAAAAUGAUAAUAGAGUAGUCCUUUGUAUGGAAAAUAAUGAUAAAGGUAAAAAGGGUUAUCUUACUGAAGAAAAUUUCAUAGAAUUUUAUUCUACUGCAUGCCGCAAUAAGCAAGAAAUAGUCCGCAAGAAUCUUGCUACUCAUGGCUACAGAAAAGAUUUAAAGAGGUAUGAUGAAGUAACUAUUGAAUCAAUUGAUGUUACUUCUAUGCCACGUUACAUUUUAGCUCGUGAUGAGAAGUUCUUCAAAAUGGUGUUUGAUUUGUUAGAUAGAAAAGAUGUUGCAAAUGCUACUUGGAGGUUUAUCAGUAGACUACCCAUUAGUCCUGUGCUAUAUGAAAAAAUUGUUAAGCUUGAAGGAAUUAGAAACGAAAAGAAUCCUAAUUGGGAAACUGUACUCGGUGGUGAAUCGAUGUAUAAGCUGCUUUACAAUCUUCACGUCAUUGAAUAUCUCAUGGAAGAAGGAGAAGUUGUUAGUAUUGAAAAUAAGAAAGUAUCCUCAACUUCUUAUAAUAAAAUAAUAAGUGAUGAAUCUGAAGAACUUAAAUAAUUCAAGAUGAAUUGGAGAUCUGAUUUUAUAAAAUUAGGAGGUUUUGACCACUUAUUCAAAAGAUUUAAUUAAUUGAUAACAAAAAAAGAUAUUUUAAAUAUUGAUACUUUCUAAAAGUAUAUCCUUUCAUUUAUUUUAAAGAUUUUCAAAAAUUAUAUUGUGGCAGCAUUUGCAUGCGACCAAUCUCAAAUUUACAAAACUGUCACACGUAUGAGUCUGACUCAUGUGCCUUUACCUGCUUUGAUCUUAUCUAUCAGAGAAGAUAUCAGAAAUAACAGAGAACUGACUGUCAGACGUAAAGAAAGUGAAUAUAGAGAGAAUCUAAUAGAAUAAGAACUGAAAAGAAUGGAGACUAUGGAUGACUAACAACAUGCAAAAAAUUAAAACGAAAAAAAAUAAAACUACGAAGUGAAGAUAGAGGAAAGUGAGGAAUUCCUAUAACUUCUUAGCAGUCUUUAGUCAUAGGGAUUGAGCAAUUAAAUUCUCUAAAAAUUUGAUUUCAUGUCAUUUUUGAAUUAACUUUGCAAAUUGUGUAUGGAUUUCAUCACAUCAAAUUCAGAGCUUGAAAGUGAAGACAGAAUAAUUGUUGAAUAUUCUUUAUUAAUUGUAAGUGCAAUAUUGACUUAUGAUAAAACUAUCUCAGAUUAGUUCUUUGACCAAGACAAAUCAGAAUUCACUUAGCUCCUUUCUUCAGGUCUUUUCUACAAAGGAAAUCAAAAUAUAAGAAAAAUAUUUAACCAUUGCUUCUUUAUGAUUGCUCUUUCUCAUUUGUCAAAUAGUAAUUCCUAACCUAUCUAAAGAUUGAUGCAUGUAUUGAUAAAUAAUAUUCCAGGAUUGCACAAUGAUAACUAAAACUGUACUUAGUAUUUUGAAUUAUUUUGUGGUUUGCUUGAUAGCUUAGCUUAUCAUUAAAUCGAUACAUCUGUCUCAUACGAUUGGUUAGAUUUUUCAUCACUUCUUAAAUAGCUUGUUAGCAGUUUAAAAAAUCAUGAGAGCACAGAAACUAGAACUCACACAAGAAACGAUAAAAUUCUAAUUGGAAUUCUCAAUCUAUGUGAUAGAAUCUUAUCUUUCAAAGAGGAAUUAAAAGUAGAAGUUGGUUCACCAGAAGGUAGCAAUUUAGUGAAAGAGAUUUUCCAUAAAUGCUUAUUUGACUUAUAAGACCAUCAUUUAAUAGAAAACGAAGAUAUCAAGAAAUAUGAUAAGCUAGUGGUUAAAUGCAAAGGAGAAACAAGCAGAAUAGCUGCAUUUAGAUUAUUGCUUACAUUAUGUAAAAAUUGUCCUGAGAAUAUGUAAGUUCUUAUGGAAAAUGGUCUCUAGCAGCUAAUAGAAAUGCUCCCUUAAAAUACUGGAUACUAACUUUCAUAUAUGAGAGAAUCAAAGAGCGACUAUGGAUAUGUUGGAAUAAAAAAUUUAGGAUGCAUUUGCUACAUGAUUGCGAUGAUUUAAUAAUUCUUUAUGACUCCAACAUUUAGGUAUGCAAUUUUAAUGGCGAAUGAUGAAGAAUAAGAAAAUUUAGUUGAAGCAAUUUACAAUAAGAAAAAAAUGAUUACUGAUGACAAUAUUUUACAUCAAUUUUAACAAAUGUUUAGUUUCUUAGAAAUGAGUGAUAGAGUUGAUUAUAACCCAAUAGAGUUCUGCUAUUCAUUUAAAGACUACAGCGGCGAGCCUGUUAAUACAGUCAUUUAGCAAGAUGCUUAGGAGUUCUUAAAUAUGAUAUUCGAUAAACUUGAAAAUGGAUUAAAAAAGACACCAUUUAAGAAUAUUUUAGAAAAUGUUUAUGGUGGAAAGCAAUGUUCCUAAGUCAUUUGCUCAAACUGCAAGCAAGUGAGUACCACCUAUUAACAAUUUUAUAAUCUCUCAGUAGAGGUUAAAAACUUCAAAUCUUUAACAGAAUCCUUAGAUAAAUUUAUAGCUGGAGAGACCAUUUAAGAUUUUAGAUGCGAAGGAUGUGAUAAAAAGGUUGAAGUUACUAUACGUAAUAGCUUAGCUAACUUACCUAAUGUUUUGAUUGUUCAUUUGAAGCGUAUUAUUUUUGACUUGGAAAGCUUGUAAAACAUAAAGGUAAAUACACGUUUAGAAUUCCCUGAAAAUCUUGAUCUUGAGCCAUACACAAAAGAAGGACUUGAAGCUCGCGAAUAAGGAAAUAAAUAAAACCUAAAAGAAAAGUAGAACUAUGAAUACAAGCUUGCAGGAGUUGUUGUUCAUACAGGAACUGCUGAAUAUGGACAUUAUUAUUCUUAUAUCGAUUUUUUGCGUUAGAAAGAGCACAUUAGCCAAUAAAUGAAGGAGAGUUGGCUUGAAUUUAACGAUUCUCGAGUUCGUGAUUUUUCUAUAAAGAAUAUUGAAAACGAAUGCUUUGGAGGACAUAAUACUGACUGGGAUGACAGUAGCUUUAAUUUUGGUUGGUUUAGAAACAGAGAUAAUAGCAAAAAUGCCUAUAUAUUAGUUUAUGAAAAGAAAGUAAAAGACCCUGUUUAAUUAGUGUUUGAGAAUACUUAACAAAUGGAAAAAGUUCUUUAAUAUGUUCCAAUUUCCAAAUAUGAAAUACAAAAACAAGAAUAAUAAUAAAAUGAAUAGAAGGAAUCUGAAUAAGUUAAAGUUCUUGUAGAUUAUUUUGAUUUCUAGCCCUACGUACCUGACAAUUUCUUUAAGAAAGUAUGGAUGGAUAAUCAUCAAUUCAUGUUUGAAAGGCACAUUUACAAUGACAGCUUUUAUUAGUUCAUUAAAGAGAUCACUAAUUCUAUUGAUUUACCUGUAUUAACUGAUGAAGAUUGUCCUAAAGGAUAUUAUAAGGACUAUGACAAAUACCCACAAAAUAUGAGACAAUCAUUCACUAAGCUCCUUUAAACUCAUGCCAAAAUUAUUAUGGAUCUUUUGAGCAAGUCACAUGGUUCAUAGAUGAUUGAUGAAAUGAUUAAUAGACUUAGAAUACUAUUAAAAUUAUGUCCAGAUUACUGCGCCUAAUUCUUCCUUAAUAAUUUUAUGAAAGACUUUGCUAAUAAAGAAGGAGCCAUUAUAAAAUCAUAAGAUCCAUCAGUAAAAAAUUUCCUCUCGAAAAUGUAUGCAGACUGCACUUAAAUAAUUAUAAACUUCCACGACUUAAAACUGACUUAGUCAAAUGACGAUUUAUAAGAAGAAAAGGAAUAAGUUGAAUACGAAUAGAUGUCUGAACAAUAGAGAAAAAAUCAAACUUUAAGAAUGAUUAAAAACAGUAUAAACUACUUUUUGAACACAUUGCUUUAAUACUUACAAGAUUUUGGAUAGAAGAACGUCUUUAAGAACGAACAAUAUUUUAUGUUUUGGGAAGCAUUUAGCUAAUAAGGUCCUGAAUAGAUGAAAUACUUAAUAUAAGCAGAUGUAUGUCUAUUGUUCUUAGAUUACUUCAUGGGGGACGAUUCUCCUCUCUCCAAAACAAAGGAAUACAUGAGUUCUCGUUCUAUUACACUUAGAUAUACUCAUGUCACUAAAUGUAUUGCAAACAUAAUAGAUCAUGCAUAUACCCCAAUAUUUGAUUUUAACAGUAGUAGAAACCUUAAAAGAGAAAUCACUACUAAAUUAGAAUCAAAAUCAUAAAAUAAAGAAGAUGAAUACACUUUGUCAGAAGAAAUUAGCUUAUUUAUUUUUAAUUCAUAGUUCUGGGAAAAAUUAAUCUCGAAUGAAACAAUUGAACCUUCUGUCCUCAAAUAAUUAAUUUAAAAACUUGCCUUUAAUCAACAAUUGAUUACUAAUCUAGUAUCUGAGGCUAUAGUCAGAGGUUUGUAUCGUCUUGGAUUAGAUGAAGUUAAAAUAUAUGCUUAAGCAGUAUACCAUUUCUUAAGUUUAUAAGAUAACUUUAGAAAAAUGCGUAUUGAGGCUGUAUUAGGUGUCCCUAUUUUAGUUUAGAAUUAUCUUUCACCUUAAUAACAUAAUAACUAGGAAGAUUCAUUACAGGUUAUUGCUCACUAUGGAACCUAUGCUCUUAACUGUAUUGAUGACUAAAGUCUCUGUAUGAAAACUUCUUUGCAAAUAGAGAGUACUUAUAGCAUUUUAGAAGCCAUUUAUGUUAAUAGAAAGAAUUCUGAUAGCAUUUCAGUAUAACUAUUAAUUGUACUUCUCCAGCUAGUGAUAGAAAACGAGGAUAUUGCAGAAUAUGUUGCAUUGGCUCCAGCUCCUAGUUAUGUAUUUGCAAAAUACGUCGAUUUUAUUGAUCAUUUCAUAAAAGAAUAUCAUCACAAUAGCUUAAUAUAAAAGUAUGCAAUCGUUCCUAGAGUUGAGCUUGCAUAAAAUUGCUUAAUGCUUUAUCCCUACUUCAGAUAAAAGAUAGAUGCCGUCUAUUAGCGUAACAAUAUUAAAUUUACUUCACCUGAAGAUGAAAAGUCAAAAGAAGAAAGUGCUUCAAAUGAGGAAGUCCUAAUUAAGGAUAAUUAAAAUAGUAAUAAUUAGGAAGGAGGCGAAGAAGAAAAGAAUAUUUCUAACAAAACCUCUAAGGAUAGCAACUAAUAUAAUAUCGUAGUAAAAGAAAUAGAUAGGACUGAAGUUAACUAUUCAAACUCUCAACAGGCUGUUAAUGCUUCUUAAGAUUCUUAAAAUAUUAAUUUCAACAAUAACCAUCUAAACUAAGGAAUUUAUCCACUUUAUACUAUUGGUAAAACUCGUGAUGUGACUGUUCUUAGAGAAGCUUAAUUGCCCAUCACAGAUAAUUUCUUAAAUGAAGAAACAAUGGAAGAAUAUAACUAAAAAUUAGAAUAAGUAAAAACUGAAUAAGAAUUUAAUAAGUUAGUUGAAGAACUGAAUGAAUUAAAAGAAGAGUGUACUCAUUCAUUUGAAUAUUUCAAUUUAUAUGAACGUGAAGUCAACACAUUUAUUACAGAUAGCCAGCCAACCUAAACAGGAAAUAAAUCAUAUGACUCAACUAUAGUAAGAGAUUAUUUUAUAAUUACUUAAAAUAUGUCUUCAACUUCUCCCUGGAAUGGGUUCUUUAAAAAUAAAUAUGCUUCAUACUAUAACUAAAGCUAACUUUCAUAGAUUGAUCAACAGGAAUAAAAUAACAUUAUUGAGAAACAUUUCAAGAAUGCUAAUACUGUAAGGGAAAUAGUAGCAGUAAACAAGACAAGCAAUUAAAUUGAUAUUAAGCUCAAUUUUAUUCUACAUGACCCAGAAAACCCAAACCAAAAGCAAUUACCUAAAUUUGGAAAAUAUAUUAAGGUUAAAGCAAAAAGUAAUGAAGUUAUUUUCUCUGUUUAGAAGCUUAAUUUGUAAGAAGACUGGGGUAAUUAUGAUAUUUAAGUUGAGUACUCAACAUUUUAAUUCAACGACAGAUGCCAACUUCAUUUACAAUUUAUUGAUUUUAGUAUACAAAAAACGAAAUAAAAUAUCCACUCAAUCUAAUAGAGUUUGUAGCUAAAUGAUACAAACUCUUUUCUUAACUUUUUUGGGGUAUUGAAUUCGAAAUAGCUCUUGCCUGUGUAAAAUAUAGAAAAUGCUCCUGAAUAAUAUGAUUAAGAAGAAGAGGAGGAACAAGAACAAGAACAAGAAGUAGAAAACCAUAACAAUGACGAAGUUUAAGAUAGAGGUCCAAGAGAUUAAUAUUAGAAAAUAAAUAGCGGUUAAGAGAGUGAAAACGAAUCAAACUGUGAAGAAAUUUGA